AUGGAUCCCCACGCAGCUCUCGAGCUGCUGGAGUACCUGCGCACAUGCUAUCCGAUCUUCCUCCUGCUUCUCUUCGUCGUGGCCUUCGUGGCCAACACCUUCCUCACGGCGAACACCUCCAGCCAGAAUGAGUCGCCGCGAAUGGGCCCCGGUGGUCGUCCACUUCCCAAACGCUCCCGCUCAGAUGCCUUCCGCAAGACGCAGGGGUUUUCUAAGACCGUCAAGCGGGUCUUCAACUGGCUUUCCGUCGCAGUGCUCGUGACUUAUCUCGCGGACGCGACCAUUUAUAUCACUCAUGUGAUGGUCGCUCGCUCGGAGCAUUGGUGGCGUGGUCAGUCCGUUGUGAUUUACAUCGUCGGCUCCUUUUUCGACUACGCGGUCUUACUCAUUUCCCUGCUCGAUACCACCCCGUCUCCAACACUCGCCCAAUUUGUGUGUUGGUCUGUCGCUGUCCCCAUCGAGCUGGUUAUUCUUAGUACAUCCAUAACUCUCUACACCUCGGCUCAUCAUGAGCCCGUCGUUGGAGACCCCGAGGGUGGCAAGCUCCGCAGGACCAUCACGCCUUGGGAAUGCCUGGAAAUUGUCUCCAGCAGCGUCCGUAUCCUGAUCCUAUUUAUCCUCGUCCUCCUCUAUGCCAGCAAUGCCAUCAUUGCCAAGAGCCAUGAACAGAAGGCACGCCGUCUCAAUGGUGUCAGCGAGUCCACUGGAUUGCUGGAUCCUUCUGGCUCCGAGAACGGUAAUGGUAAUGGCAACGGUAACGCCAAUGGCCAUUCCUAUGGAUCAACCAAUGGUCCUCCGCGUCCCAAUGCUUCUAAGCCGGAAGAUCCUUGGGUACGCCCGACGACCAUGCCAUCCACCAGUUGGUGGGAGUAUCUCAGUGGCUACUCGCUCUUCUUCCCUUACCUUUGGCCCUCCAAAUCACGACGCCUGCAGAUUGUUGUGAUGCUAUGCUUUAUCCUACUCGUUGCCCAGCGAAUUGUCAACGUACUGGUGCCUAUGCAGGUGGCUGUAAUCGUCACGGAACUGGCCAAGGGGGAGGGCAACUCGUUCCACGUCCCUUGGUUCCACAUUUUCUUGUAUGUCGUGUUCAGGUGGCUCCAGGGUGGUCAGGGUUUGCUCAGCUCGAUGCGCUCCACGCUUUGGAUCCCGGUCAGCCAGUAUUCGUACAUGGAGCUAAGCACUGCCGCCUUCGAGCACGUUCAUGGCCUGAGUCUGGACUUCCACCUGGGUAAGAAAACGGGUGAAGUGCUUUCGGCGCUGAGCAAGGGCAGCUCAAUCAAUACCUUCUUAGAGCAGGUCACCUUUCAAGUCGUCCCGAUGCUUGUUGAUCUUUGUAUCGCCAUCGGAUACUUCUUGAUCGCGUACGAUGCAUAUUACGCCCUUGUGGUCGGUAUCUCGACCUUUGGUUAUCUCUAUGUCACCAUCCGCAUGGCCCAAUGGAGAGCAGAAAUCCGAAGACAGAUGGUCAACGCAUCGAGACAAGAAGAUGCUGUCAAGAACGACUCAAUGGUCUCGUACGAGACGGUCAAGUAUUUCAAUGCGGAGCAAUACGAAUUUAACCGCUACCGUGACGCCGUGGGCGACUUCCAAAAGGCCGAAUACCACGUGCUGUUUUCACUGACGAUGCUCAACACCUGCCAAAACACCGUCUUUAUGAUGGGUCUCCUUACCACAUGCUUUAUCUCUGCGUACCAGGUCUCCAUCGGGCAGCGUGACGUGGGUUCGUUCGUUUCCCUGUUGACCUACAUGGCUCAGCUCCAGGGACCCUUGAACUUCUUUGGCACCUUCUACCGUUCUAUUCAGUCGGCCUUGAUCAAUGCUGAGCGUAUGUUGGAAUUGUUCCGAGAGCAACCCACCGUGGUAGAUAGCCCUCGCGCGACAGCGCUAUCCAUGUGCAAGGGUGACAUCCGGUUCCAAAACGUCGAGUUCUCCUACGACUCGCGGAAACCCGCCUUGAAUGGGCUUACAUUCCGCUGUGAACCAGGCACCACCACCGCCUUGGUCGGUGAGUCAGGUGGAGGCAAAUCAACAGUCUUCCGGCUGCUGUUCCGAUUCUAUAACUCCGAGAAGGGCCGUCUGCUCGUUGAUGGACACGACGUGCAGGAUCUUACUAUUGACUCUCUUCGCAAGCACAUCGGCGUGGUCCCGCAAGACACCGUUCUCUUUAAUGAGACGUUGAUGUAUAACCUGAAGUAUGCGAACCAGGACGCCAGCGACGAAGAUGUCUUUGAGGCCUGCCGCGCCGCUAGCAUUCAUGACAAGAUUAUGGGCUUCCCUGAUGGUUACAAUACCAAGGUCGGAGAGCGUGGUCUUCGACUCAGCGGUGGUGAGAAGCAGCGGGUGGCGAUUGCCCGGACCAUCUUGAAAAAUCCUCGCAUCAUCCUUCUGGACGAGGCUACCGCGGCACUCGACACCGACACGGAAGAGCACAUUCAAAGAGCCCUCUCCACGCUUUCCCAUGGCCGUACGAUGCUGGUGAUUGCCCACCGACUCAGUACGAUCACGACAGCGGAUCGUAUCCUAGUCUUGAACGAAGGACAAGUGGCCGAGAGUGGCACCCACGAGGAACUCCUGGCCAUGAAGGGUCGCUAUGCCAGCAUGUGGCGGAAGCAAAUCCGGGCACAGAAGGCCGCAGCCGAAGCUCAGGUUCUACAAGACCGAGCAGAGCGGAUUCGCAAUGCCACUAACAGCGAUGACAGCUCCAGUCAAUCGGACGAGGAUCGAAACAACGCCGCUCGACCCGCCCACUAA